CCUUUUGUUGCCGUGAGUUCUGUGGAAAUCAUGGCACUUUUUGUUGCUGUCUUUACAGCAUUUAGUUUGAGCUUCUUUAACGUGGCAGCUGCUGCUGUUGCAUUUCCAAGAACCCAUAAUAAUAAAGUUCAAAAUAUUUCACCUUACCAGUAUGAUCUUCACGGUUUCCUCCCUGAGCAAAGGGCACCACAAUCUGGAUCUUAUCAGAGAUGCCAAGUAGCAGAAUAUGAUAGAGUUCAGUGUGGUGAACCUGGCAUAACUGGUGACAACUGUGAAACAAUCAAUUGCUGUUUUGAUGGACAGCAGUGCUACUAUGGCUUGGCUGUGACCAUCCAGUGCACCAAGGAUGCACAGUUUGUGUUGGUGGUAGCCAAGGAUUCAACGCUGCCCAGGCUGAGUCUAGACUCCAUCACUUUUAUGGAAGGAAGUGAUGGAGUCUGUGGUGCAGCUGACUCUAAUGCAGCUUUUGCCAUAUUUCAAUUUCCUGUAACUGCUUGUGGGACAAGAAUGAUGGAUGUGGGAGGUCACCUGGUUUAUGAGAACAAAAUGUCCUCCUCCUAUGAAGUUGGUGUUGGACCACGUGGUGCAAUUACAAGAGACUCUCACUAUGAGCUUUCCUUCCAGUGUAGGUAUUCCUUAACAAGUGUUGAGGCACUGCUUGUUGAGGUCAACACCAUUCCCCCUCCAAUCCCUAUUGCUGUUCUUGGUCCCCUGAGAGUAGAGCUUAGACUAGCUAAUGGUCAUUGUGUUACGAAGGGAUGUGUGAAAGAACAGGUAGCCUAUACCUCCUACUACUCUGAGGGAGAGUACCCAGUCACCAAGGUCUUAAGGGAACCUGUCUAUGUGGAAGUGCGACUCUUGGAGCGAUCUGAUCCAAAUGUUGUCCUCACCUUACAACGCUGCUGGGCAACCUCUAUGCCUGACUCAAACAGCCUUCCACAGUGGGACCUUCUAGUGAAUGGGUGUCCAUACCAAGAUGAUCGCUACCUGACCAACCUGAUUCCAGUGAAUGGCUCACCUGAAAUUCCAUAUCCCUCCCACUACAAGCGGUUUGUCUUCAAGAUGUUCACAUUUGUUGAUCCCACUUCUACGGCUCCCCUGGUGGAAAAGGUGUUUAUCCACUGCAGUACAGCUGUGUGCCACCCAAGUAAAACUAACUCCUGUAAACACAAUUGUGGUAAACAAAGAAGAGAUGUUUCAGCAGCAGAACGAUAUGCUCCUAAAGAGCCGGUGGUAUCCAGUAAAGAAGUCCUUUUUAUUAAAGCUUGAAUGUCACUCCUGUGUUGUCUUAUCUGAAAUAAAGGUGCUUGAUUUAAA